AUGAACUGUACAAUUGAAUCUAAAUUAUCAGGCAGACAAACAGUUGUUACAUUUAUUGAAUGGCUUUAUGGAUUAAAAUUAUUACAUAAAAAUUUAAAUAAGAAAGGAACAGGUCAAGUAAUAUAUGAAGCAGACUUGGUUGAACCAACUAAUCACUCUGAUUAUUAUUAUGUUAAAAAGUAUUAUAAAUUAGAAGUUAUCAAUUUGGAUUUUAAUGAUGAGUCGAUGGAAGUUGAAAAAAGUAAUACUACUUCUCUUCAAUCAAUAAAAGAAUUACUGACUAACAAUAAAAACAACAAGAUUUAUCUUGGAUCUACUGAUGAAACAUAUCAGAAAAUAAUCUGUCUUUAUAAUAAUAAAGGUAUAUUGUUAAAUAUUAAUGUAAAUUUGGUUACAAAGAACAAUCCAACUUAUUUAGACAUUAUAAGUGCACAUAUUUUUUAUCUUUUUAAGAAAUCAUCAAAUGUUUGUACAGAUUUCUUUCGAACAUUGAAACUAAGUCAACAGUGA